UUGGCUGCAAAACUGACAGUGCGCGCUGGUCCUCCUUCAGCUGUAGUCGACAACGCAGCUGGAAAACAAACCAAAAUUGACAACAUCAAUAAUUAUGAUUCUGUAAAUAAUUGUGCUUGUAAACCUGUAAAUACUACAUUGAAGUAAGAAUGUAAAGGAGUUAUGGCAUUUCUAGAAACGACUCAAGUGAAACCGCUUCAAAAACUGACAAGACACUCAAAUCCGUAUCACAUAAAGCGACCAAUGAACGCGUUCAUGGUAUGGUCGAGGUUACAGAGGAAGAAGAUAUCAAUGAUGAACCCGAAGCUCCACAACUCGGAGAUAUCGAAGCGGCUAGGACUGGAGUGGAAGAGUUUGGACGAAGCAGAGAAAAGACCAUUCAUUGACGAAGCAAAACGGUUAAGAAUAAAACACAUGCAAGACUACCCAGACUAUAAAUACCGUCCGCGGAGGAAGAACCGAUUAGACACACCAUUCACAAAUCCUGCAAUUUACACAACAAGGGAAACUUUCGUCGAAGUCGAGCCAAGAGCAGAGCAGAAUUACCAAAUCCCGUUAAGCUAUUCUGAGCCAUAUGUAUAUAAUAAUAUGAUUAGUUAUUCAGUGCCGUCAAUACCUCAAGCCACGUAUGUUCCUACCUCGUUAAGGCCGAAGGAAGAAGCUAUGCCAAGCCUUGACUUGAGGCCUCUGCCUUCAAUUGAAAGUAUAUCACCGAGGCCUUUUGCAGUUGUCAAUCAACAAAUGAUGGUGAAAGCUUAUCAAGACCUUCAUUACGUGCCUGGUGAUGUUCCAAGGAUCUCCUAUCAUUAUCCUUUUGGAGUACAAUAACAUACUAAAAGAAUAGGUUAUUUAGUUAUCCAGCUAACCUAUUAUUGUUAUAAUUACAGUGUAUGACCUCAAGUAUGAUCAAAUCAUUUGAGGUUAUAACAUUAUAUUAAGCUCAGUCAUAGCAAUUUACAUAACAAUUUGGUAGUAUAAUACAAGUGUAAAUAAAUAAAACUGAAAUCGUAUUUUAAUCGAAAUAUAACUAGCAAGACCUGUGAGUAUAAGUCCAUUUUCUUCUACCUAUAAGGUGACCUUUGUAAGGUGAGUUUUUGAACUCCUACUGAUAUAAAAGAAGCUGCUAAAUGAGGAAUAGAAAAUGCGAUAAAAGUAGUUUACGAAUAAAUUACCAAAUAUAUGAAAUGCGGUGUUAUACAGGUAUUAAAACUCCAUCUUUCACCUAAAGGAACUCAUAUCUAAAUAGUACCGAAAUGGUUGAACCUUUUUCAGAUGACAUAAAAAAUAUUUUCCAUCCGUUUUAGAACAGUUCGGAUAACGAAACGACGAAAUUACGUCGGAAGUUGAGAAAUAAUGUAAUGUCGAUGACUGUACACUUCCAGAAUGUACACUCGGCAGCAGAUUGAUGAUGCUUGUCACGAAAUGUAAUUGAUUUGGAUGUUUGCCCAAAGGGUGCUUAGGGGACAAUAUUUUUGGGGAUGACUAUAUUAUCUCCAAUCUCGAUUGUAAUAACCUGAUUGUCAUCUUGAGUGUUUUUUUGUAAUUUAAAAUUGGAGAUAACUAAUUUGGUCAUGGCAGAAGGGAUUAAUCUUAGUGCUAGAUUAAUGGAGACAGUGCGAUUGAGAAAGCAAGCGAGAAAACGCUCAGGUGAGACAGAGAGAGUGACCAAUUUCUAUGGUAAUAAAUAAAUCAAUGUGUAAUGACAAUUAAAAUGCAAAUAUUAAUGUAAUUAUUAGGGAAUCCAAAAAUACAAUUAAAUUGUUUUAUACU